AUGUAUCGUGUCGAGGUUCUCCCCGGCAGUUCUACACAUGCUACACCCGGGUGGACUUACGUUCCCGAUCGCGGAUUUGACCCGGCUAAAGCUGCUAUCGCGCCUACGCUUGGAAGGAAGAGAGGAAUCCGUGAACCUGGUAGAGGAGCAGAUUUAUCAUCGAGGCAAACCAAUGCAAUCAUACGUCAUCUGGCAGAGCUGGAUCGAGAGAAUCAUAAGGAUGUACAGAUUCCGAUUCCUGUGAAGCAGCAGCCGAAGGAGGCAGCUCUCAGAGGAUCAAGAAGCAAGGUUACUUCGAACGUGAGGCGCAUCCUCCAAUCCCAGAAGACGUUCCGAAACUACCUCGACGACGAAGAGGCUGCUUUGGCGCACGCGGCGCAAACCACCGUACAGCGUUCUAGUGUAUCCAAGGUCACAAAACAUUCAAGGAGAAGUUCUACGCCUGUGGCAUCACGACCGGAUUCCGCCCGACAAAGGAAGCAGACGCCGGCUACAUCUCACGCAAGAUCUUCCCUGACGCCCAUGGAGAGAGCUAGCACGGCACCACCAGAAACAAAUGAGGUUUACGAGUCGAAAUUAAUUAAGUCGGAAUAUGAUAACGAUCCUCUUCUCCGCUCGUAUAUCCCAUCUGCGCCCUCGGAGCGCAUCAUGGAAGCGCUUCUCGCGGAGCCGCCACUGACCUACCACGCAGCCCGAGCCGGUCCACCAAUAUCAGGCAAGUCAGAUAGACAUUUCUGUUGUAUGUGUGGGUAUUGGGGUAAGAUUCGGUGCAAGAAUUGCCACCUUCGAACGUGCGGGCUUGAGUGCUACAAGGUACAUGAAGAUUCGCGAUGCGGGGCUUUCUUCUAG